AAGCUCUCUGUAUUCCCACCCAGCCCAAGGGUUGAAAUAGCAUCACAACGCAGGAGCAGCUUCUCUUAGCUACUAGCUCCAUCUCCCUGGAGCCAGAGGGAACUCCAAAGGUGGCCACAGAGCAAGUCCCCACUCGCUGGGAAGGGCGAUCUUGCCGGAAAGCCAAGGCUGAGGUCCAGCAGCCCAGCAGAAAGAGGAUCAGGGACCGAGAGGAGCCGGUACAAAACGCUGCAGCUGCUACGCAGAGCCACAUGAAGCCUGCGGGGAAAACCAGGAUCAGAGAGCAGCAAGAGAGCUGACCCUGAGGAGGGCGCAAUUACCGGGAGCCACUGACUCCCAGGGGGGACCCCUUUCCUUGUUCCUGAACUAAAGCUCUUCUCCCAAAUAUCCAGAAUGAUGUUCCCGAAGUUGAUCUGGAUGGGUUUCUUCUGCCACCUGUGUCGAGGCUACUUUGAUGGUCCCCUGUACCCAGAAAUGUCUAACGGGACUCUGCAUCAUUACUUCGUGCCUGACGGAGACUACGAGGAGAAUGAUGACCCAGAGAAAUGCCAGCUGCUCUUCAGGGUGAGUGACCGCCGGCGCUGCUCCCAGGGGGAAGGGGGCCAAGCCAGUAGCUUGCUGAGCCUCACCCUUCGAGAGGAGUUCACAGUGCUGGGCCGCCAGGUGGAGGAUGCCGGGCGCGUCCUGGAGGGCAUCAGCAAAAGCAUCUCCUACGACCUGGAUGGGGAAGAGAGCUAUGGCAAGUACCUGAGGAGGGAGUCCCACCAGAUUGGGGAUGCCUAUUCCAACUCUGACAAGUCCCUCACUGAAUUGGAAAGCAAGUUCAAGCAGGGCCAGGAGCAGGAUAGCCGGCAGGAGAGCAGACUCAACGAGGACUUUCUGGGGAUGCUGGUCCACACCAGGUCCUUGCUGAAGGAGACACUGGACAUCUCAGUGGGGCUCAGAGACAAAUACGAGCUGCUGGCACUCACCAUCAGGAGCCAUGGGUCCCGGCUAGGUCGACUGAAAAGCGACUAUCUGGAGGGUGGGGGACAGAGGACGGGCUAAAUUUUCCAUCGUACCUUUUAUUUUACCCAGAUUUGCACUUUCAGCGUGCGUCUGAAGUUGUCUUUUCAAAAGAAAGAAAAUUUUAAGAGGUUGAGUCACUCUGAUUUUGGUUUAGUUUUGUGCAUUAUUUAUGUCAUUACUGAAGAGUUUUCACCGAUUUUAAAAAAAGUUUUAAAGUAAUCCCUGGGGUAUUUUUCUUAAGGGGCUUCAUAGCUCGACAGAAUCAUUUCUUUCAGCUCCAUCUAAAGGUUGUAUUUUGUGGGGGAGGACUGAUUUACCUUCCUCAUCCUGACGAUUGUGUGGACACUUCGAGGGCAGGGAGGAGGGGGACGACUGGUGGAUAGCUACAGUGCUUCUUCUUCAGCCUUCUCUUUGGUCUCUGGAGGCUGAGGUGCUUGCUUUUCAGAUGAGCUUCCAGGUCUGUGGCAUGUUUGCCAGCCGAGGAAGUUGUUUGAGUCUCCUCUGGCUCUUAUUUAUUUACCAUGUUCUGAGUUGUUUUAUUUUGUUGUAAGAGUGUUAUUGAGAGCUUACAUACAAAUCGCCAGCAGCAAAAUGUUCAAGGUUCCCUUGUGGGAUUGUGUAAAUUGAGGAUGCAGCAUUUGAGAGAGCAAAGCUUUGGGGUGGUUGCCCACACACGAUGUAGAUCUGCUGCGUGUUUUGCUGUACCAUCAAAGAAACAGACUGCUGGAAUACACCCCUCACUGUCUAUGA